UAAAGGAGGAAAACCUUAUAUAUAUAUAUAUAUAUCCGUUGUUUAUGAAUAUAAGAUAGAAAUGAGUAGCGAAUUAAAACAAGUAGCAAUAAAUUCACAAAAACAUGAUCCAGCAUGGAAGCAUUGUCAAAUGUAUAAAAGUGGUGAUAAGGUACAACUUAAGUGUAUAUAUUGUGGCAAAAUGUUCAAGGGUGGUGGGAUUCAUAGGAUCAAAGAACAUUUAGCCGGACAAAAAGGUAACGCCUCUAGUUGUUUACGAGUACAACCCGAUGUUCGUUUAUCCAUGCAAGAGAGUUUGAAUGGCGUGAUUGCUAAGAAACAAAAGAAACAGAAGUUAGCAGAAGAAAUAAGUAAUUUACAUCCUCCUCCUCCUCCUCCUGUUGUUGUUGUUGUUGAUCAACCCGAUUCGUCGUUUGGUAACCUGAAUACCCAAGUUGACGAUGGUGUAAUGGUUCCUGUUAGUGAACCUGUUGACCUGAGUUCUAGUUUAUUAGUGAAUCAUGAAGAAGAGGGUAGUGAGGGUAGUAGGCAAGGUGGGAGAAAGAAAAGAUGUAGAAUUAGAAAAGGGUUGAAUUCGUUGGCUGUUAGUGAUAUCGUGUAUGAUGACUCAAAACGUGUUAACCAUCAAGUUGGUUUAGCUAUUGGACGCUUUUUGUUUGAUGCUGGUGUACCCUUAGAUGCUGUGAACUCUGUCUAUUUUCAGCCUAUGCUUGAUGCUAUUGCUUCACAAGGGUUGGGAGUUGUUGGACCGUCUUAUCAUGAUCUUCGAAGCUGGAUUUUAAAGAGUACGGUUCAAGAAGUGAGGAGUGAUGUUGAUCAAUGCAUGGGAAGUUGGGGAAAGAGCGGUUGUUCUGUUUUGGUUGACGAGUCGGUGUUGGAUGAUGGUAAAAUGUUUUUCAAUUUUACAGUGUAUUGUUCUGAAGGGCUAAUGUUUCUGAGGUCUGUUGACGCUACCCACAUUGUGGAUUCUACGGAAGCUUUGUUUUCUUUGUUUAAGGAAGUUGUUGACGAAGUUGGAGUUCGAAAUGUGCUGCAAAUUGUUACUAACAAUGAAGCACGUUAUGUUGAAGUAGGGAAACAAAUUGUCGAUAGUUUCCCUAGUGUAUUCUGGACUCCAUGUGCAACUCAUUGUGUGGAUUUAAUAUUGGAAGAUUUCAGAGAACUUGAAUGGAUAAGUACGAUCCUUGAACAAGCUAGAUCAAUAUCAAGAUUCAUUUACAAUCAUAGCACUGUUUUGAACAUUAUGAGAAGGUAUACUUAUGACAUUGACAUCGUUGUAGUGGGGCCAACACGUUCUUCGACAGAUUUCUCCACACUGAAACGUAUGGUAAGUGUCAAGCACAACCUCCAAUCCAUGGUAACCUCAGAGGAGUGGAUGGACUAUUCAUACUCCAAGAAGGAAGAGGGUUACACUACUUUGGAUUACAUUAGCGAUCCAUCUUUUUGGUCCAUGUGUACAGUUAUCACCCAUUUAACAGAUCCUUUGUUGAGACUCUUGAGAAUUGCCAGUGGCAAAAAGAAACCAGGAAUGGGGUAUGUUUAUGCAGGGGUGUACCGGGUAAAAGAAGCAAUCAAGAAAGAACUUAUCGAAAAGAAAGACUAUAUGGUUUAUUGGAAUAUAAUAGAUCGUAGAUGGCAACAACUUUCUCGCCAUCCUCUUCACACUGCAGGAUUUUAUCUUAAUCCGAAGUUCUUCUACAGUACUGACGGAGAUAUACAUCUUCAGAUCAGAUCAUCAGUUUAUGAUUGUGUUGAAAGGUUAGUUCCUGACAUCACAAUCCAAGAUAAAAUUGUCAAAGAGAUUGCAUAUUACUGUGAAGCCGCUGGCGAUUUUGGAAGGAAAAUCGCCAUAAGAGGCAGGGAUUCCUUAGAUCCAGCUGAGUGGUGGUCAACAUAUGGAGGGGCUUGUCCAAACUUGGCUCGUUUAGCCAUUCGUAUACUUAGUCAAACUUGCAGUUUGGAUGGGUGUAAACCAAACAAAAUUUCUUUUGAACAGAUUCCUAAAACAAAGAAUUCACUAGAACACCAAAGGCUCAGUGACAUCGUAUUUGUUCAAUAUAACAUGAGAUUAAAGCAAAUGUUUCUCAAUAAAGAGCAGGAUUCUUCUGAUCCCAUUUCAUAUGACAACAUCCAUUCAGUUGAGGCUUGGGUAACGGAGAAGGAGAUUCACGCAGAUGACAUUAGUAGGUCUGAUUGGAUGACAGUUGAUCCACCGUUGGGUAAUGUUAGCGUUUUAGGACCCCAAGUUGAUGAUAUUGAAGCCCUAGGUGAAGGGUUUGACGAUCAUGAAAUUUUUGAUGCAUUGAGAGAUGCAAAUGGUGAUAAUAAUGUACAAUAAGUAGGAGUCGAUAAAGCCAAUCACCAGGAUCUUAUUAGGGGUUGCAGUAUUAACCACGAUGAUAUUAAUUAUAAAGGAGACACCGGGACAGGCUAAGAAGUUGAACUUCGCUGGCGUUAACUUAGACGUCCCUCCAUGGGUCCUAGCUUGUGUGGUGAUAGUUUUCACUUGUUCCAGGAAAAGAACAAAGGAUUACUUUGCAAAAUGUCACUGAUUUUGGCCAUCCAUUUGGGGUCGAUACCAUCAAAUCUAACUACAGUUUUCAUAUGAUGGUUCUGUGAUUAAUUUUGUGGUUUUGCUUGAAAGAAUCCUUGUUUUGAUUGAUAAUUUGUUAUGCAGUUUUUUUUUUUUUUU